CUACGAGCGUUUGACGAGCCCGUGUGGCUGUGGGCGCUUGUGUUUCUCUCGCUCGCCUUUUUAUAGCGUAACUGCGGGACUAGUGGCUGGUCUUUAAUCAGAGACUGGAGAGGCGGGCCGAGGUGCUGACUGUAAUGCGAUAGCUGCGCCCGUCCUUAAUGCUAUUACAUCCACAUGCUGCUGCCGCGCAAGACUCGGCGCAAGACGCGCAGUGCCAAAGAGACAGCGCGCGGAGUAUCUCUAUCACAAGACUUCAGUUACGGACCCUCUGCACAGAAGACCUAAUCCGAACUGCCCUUUUCUGACAGUUUUCCGCCGUGGCCAGUGUUUCCCAUUCGAGAGCGUUUGGUGGUGGAUUCUGUGAGGACGAGUCCGGGAAAACGCUUCAUGUCAGUUGGAUUUGAAGGCGAGAGAAAGCGCCGCUCACCUCACUCACUCACUCGCUGCUAUAGCUCGAGGAAAUCAAGCCAAAAUAUGUUUUCGGUCUGAAAGAGAAAGUUGUUUAGUUUUAUUACGCCGUUUUAUUUCGUUGUCGUUGCUUUUGCUUAGGAUAUAACUGGAGAUGUUAAACAGCCACGUCUGGGUUGAAUUUACGCAUCCAGCAUUUUAAAGCACAUUGAGAAAGCAGGCGGAAGAAAUUGUUAUCAGACUCAAGACACAAGUGGAUACAUCAUCAGUGGAUAAGAACAUUUUCAAAGAACAUCACAAGAACUUCAGCAUUUCAUUUGCACGCACUGGGUGAACAUCACCCAGAAAAAAAUGGAUUUAUUCACAAAGCUCUGUGGAUCUUUACUUGUCUUGUGUGCGGCAUUAGUUUAUGGAGAGGAGGAGCCAUGUGGUGGGCAUUUGGAUGCCAGUGACGCAGGAUACAUCACCACACCCGGUUACCCGCUGGAGUACCCGCCCCACCAGAACUGUCGAUGGGUAAUCACGGCACCCGAACCAUCCCAGCGUAUCGUCCUAAACUUCAACCCGCACUUUGAGCUGGAGAAACUGGACUGCAGGUAUGACUUCAUUGAGAUCCGGGAUGGGAACUCAGAGAACGCUGAUCUGUUGGGGAGACACUGCAGUAACAUCGCACCUCCUGCGAUCAUCUCCUCAGGCCCCAUUUUGCUCAUCAAAUUCGUCUCCGACUAUGCCCACCAGGGGGCAGGGUUUUCGCUGCGCUAUGAAAUCUAUAAGACAGGAAACACGUACCUCACCUCUUCCUUUAACUACCCACCACUUCUUGCAGCAUGGGCUGCUAUGUGCCAAAUCCCACCUGCCUGA